AUGUUCCUGACGCUGCUCUGCGUCGCCCUGCUGGAGCAGCUGGUUAUUUACCAGGUCGGCGUCAUCCCCAGCCAGUACUACGAGGUCCUAGGGAACAAGGACUUCUCCGGGUUCAAAACACUGACUGCCGUUGCCCUGACUCUGAUCGUAGUGAACUCCACGCUAAAAAGCUUUGACCAGUUUAUCUGCAACAUGAUGUACGUGAGCUGGAGGAAAUCCCUCACCGAAUACCUCCACAGCUGCUACUUCCAGGGCCAGAUCUACUACAGCCUGCAUGUGCUGCGUGAGGACAUUGAUAACCCGGACCAGCGCAUCAGCCAGGAUGUGGAGAGGUUCUGCAGGCAGCUCAGCUCCAUGGCCAGCAAGCUCAUCAUCUCGCCCUUCACGCUGGCCUACUACACGUACCAGUGCUUCCACAGUACAGGCUGGCUAGGCCCGGUGAGCAUCUUUGGGUAUUUCGUCAUUGGGACGAUCGUCAACAAGGUAUUGAUGAGCCCAAUUGUGUCUAAACUUGUGCAGCAGGAAAAACUGGAGGGUGAUUUCAGGUUCAAGCACAUGCAGAUUCGUGUCAAUGCGGAACCAGCUGCUUUCUACAGGGCCGGGCGAGUGGAGCACAUGCGCACGGACCGGAGGCUGCAGAGCCUGCUGCAGACCCAGAGGGAGCUGAUAGGCAAGGAGCUGUGGCUAUACAUUGGGAUCAACACCUUUGACUACCUGGGCAGCAUCCUGAGCUAUGUGGUCAUUGCCAUUCCCAUCUUCUCUGGGGUCUAUGGUGACCUGAGUCCGACAGAGCUCAGCGCCCUCGUCAGCAAGAAUGCCUUUGUUUCCAUCUACCUCAUCGGCUGCUUCAGCCAGCUCAUAGAUCUCUCCAGCACUUUGACGGAUGUAGCUGGCUACACGCACAGGAUUGGUGAACUGCAGGAGACCUUGCUGAGCCUUGCCAGAAGAAAAAAUGAUAACUACUCAGAAGCCAAAGCCAGCUGGGAUUUGGACGGCAGCCAUUCUGGGGAGGACCCAGUGCCAAAGGAGACAGCUUUCCUUCUGGAGCGAGUGACGCUCUCUGUACCAUCCUCUGGCAAGCUGCUCAUCAAGGACUUGAGCCUCAGGAUCUCACAAGGAAACAGUGUGAUGAUUGUGGGGAACACUGGCACAGGGAAGACAUCUCUCCUGAGGGUCCUUGGCGGACUCUGGGAGAGCACGCGGGGGAGCAUCAAGAUGCUGACCUGUUUUGGCCCCCGUGGAGUGGUGUUCCUGCCGCAGCGGCCCUUCUUCACUGACGGAAGCCUGCGUGAGCAGGUAAUCUAUCCUCUGAAGGAGAUCUAUCCAGUUUCAGGGUCUGCAGAUGAUGAGAGAAUUGUGCGAUUCCUAGAGUUGGCUGGGCUGACUGAUUUGCUGGAGAGGGCUGGAGGACUGGACGAGCAGGUGGACUGGAACUGGUAUGACAUCCUGUCCCCAGGGGAGAUGCAGAGGCUCUCGUUUGCACGGCUCUUCUACCUCCAGCCAAAAUACGCGGUGCUAGAUGAAGCCACCAGCGCCCUGACAGAAGAGGUGGAGCAUGAACUGUACCGUGUGUGCCUUCAGCUGGGUAUGACGCUGAUCAGCGUGGGACACAGGGCCAGCCUGGAAAAGUUCCACAGUUGGAUUUUGAAACUUCAUGGGGAGGGAAGAUGGGAGCUCACUCGAUGCGAGAAGAUGAAGCGCCUCCCAGCUGGGGAAGGAUGCUGA